AUAAAAUCUAUAACAAGUACGUAUAGGUAAAAAGCGUACAUACCUACUUAGGGAAUAAAAUGACUUUGACUAUCGGCCGUGUAUUUUCAAUGCGGCGGCAUCCACUUAACGAUUUCGAGUUGACUUGAAAAUUUUGAACCAGACAUACCUCAAUCCCCCCAAAUAAAACAACUAUAUAGAAACCCAAAAAAAAUAAAUAAAACAGACCAACACAGCUAGGCUAGAAUAAAAAGAUGAAUAGCAACAGGAGAAGAUCACCCCAGCGAACCGCAAAAGCAUACCUCAAGGGAGCCGCAACAGCAAAAAAGUCAAAGCCAUCCAAGGCCAAGCCAGCCCCUCCUCGCGCCUCCAAAUCAACAGCCGAGGCAGCGACAACAGCGGAGAACUCCCACUCCAUCUCAGCCCCAGCCCCAUCCGAGGAAACCAAGUCGCAGCAAAGACUCCUCGACAUCUUCAGCAGCACAUUCGCCCCGGUCCUCAGCGCGCCCGACUUCGCCGCCGUCCUGCGGAAAGUCAAGCAGGCCCUCUUCGAGCGGGACUUCGACGCGGCCUUCGGCAGCGCGCAGCAGCAGCACCUGGAAGUAUACGCCGCGCGAUGGAGCCCGCCGCGCGCGCUGUGCUACGGCCAGAUCCUGCGGCGGAUAGCCGACGAGUUUUUGGAGCCGCUGUUGUUGUUGCAACUUACUACUACUACCGACUACGGCCGCGCUGUGAGUGUGGAGGAGGUGGAGGUAGAUGAUGAGGUUGAGCUUGGACGGGUUUCGCCGACGCUUGAUGAUCUGGCGGAGCAGGAAGAAGAAGAUGCGGGGCGUGAUGGUGGCGGCAUCACGUUGCGGAUGCUUGCGAUCGGCGGCGGCGCCGCUGAGAUCGUCGCUUUUGCCGAGUACCUCCGUAGCGCGGGGGCCGCGGUCUCCGGCGACCUGACGUUGCUAGAUACCGGGUCCUGGGGCCAAGUAGUCCAGAAGUUACAAGCCGGCCUCACGACUCCGCCGCCGGUAUCCAAGUACGCGAGCGCCGCGGCAAAAGCAACCAGCGCAGCUCUGAUCGAGCCGACAGGACGUCUACGGUCGACUUUCGUGCAGCAGGAUGUGCUGCAGCUCGACGGCCCCGGGCUCUCGAGUCUGCUAGGCCAGACGCCGCUGCUCGUCACGUUGCUAUUCACGCUCAACGAGCUGUACACGUCCGGCGGGAUCAAGAUGACAACGGCGUUUCUGCGGAAUCUAAGCGCUGCUAUUCCAGCCGGUUCGCUACUACUUGUCGUCGACAGCCCAGGUAGCUACUCGGAAGCGGCGGUGGGCAAGGAAGCGAAGAAAUACCCCAUGCAGUGGCUCUUGGAUCACACUCUCCUCCAAGCCGACAAGCUGCCAGCCGAAGGAUGUCGGUGGGAGAAGAUACAAUCACACGACUCGGUCUGGUUCCGCCUCAGCGAAAAACUGCGGUAUCCUAUCGAUUUGCAAGAUAUGCGCUACCAGAUGCACCUGUACCGGGCCAUGUCCCGGUCUUCUGACUGAGGAAGCUGACGGCUACCUGCAGAACUCUAGAUACAUGCUCCUAACCACUAAUUACCACCACUAGCCAGGGAAUGUCUACUAGUCUAUCAUGCCCAAACCAGCUUCUUUAUGCUGUGACCCAACUGCUCU